AUGAUUUUCCUAUUAUAUUCAAUUUGGUUUUGGCAUUUUAUCACAAAACGUCCCAACCCCAUCCGUCUCAUCCAAUCCUCAUACCUCCUCGCAAAACCCAACCCAACUAUCUUCUUCCCACCUUCGAAUCUUCGCCACCAAAAAUCAGCACUUCAUUAUAGGGCUCGAAGGAAGCUCUGUUUCACUGUCUAUGUCGUCAUGGAGGACCAAAAGCAGAGUACCCAUCUCGAGAAUUGCACAGAAAAAGCCCAAGAGGCUGCUAAUUCUCAUAUCCCAAUUGUAAUUCCGUCCGUACAUGUGGCUGAGAAGUUGUCUAGGAAGAAAUCGGAGAGGUUCACUUAUCUUGUUGCUGCGGUGAUGUCCAGCUUUGGUAUUACUUCCAUGGCUGUCAUGGCUGUUUAUUACAGAUUUUACUGGCAAAUGGAUGGUGGGAAUGUGCCUUUGUUUGAAAUAUUAGGUACAUUUGCUCUAUCUGUUGGUGCUGCUGUGGGAAUGGAGAUUGGGGCAAGAUGGGCUCAUAAAGUUCUCUGGCACGCUUCUUUAUGGCAUAUGCACGAUUCUCACCACCGACCCAGAGAAGGUCCAUUCGAAUGGACUAUUUAA